CUAUUUCAGUCUUUUGAAAAUUAUUGUAGCGUAUCCAUCGAAAGUACACUCACUCACUCAUUUAUUUUUCGUUUCUUUUCUCAUACACUCUCUUCCCCAAGAGCUGUAUAUAGAUAUUUCAAAUUGUGUUCGGAUUUACUUUCUUUUUUUUCGUAACGUUAUUUUUUUUUCUGUAUUGUUUGCUUCAUUUCGUCGUCGGCGGACAACAACAACAACAACAAAUAAAAAACAAUAAAACACUCUCGUCAAGAAGGAAGAAUUAAAUUUGCAAAAUUUCUACAAUCAACGAACCAACCAACAAAUACGAAACGAAAACAAAACGGUUAUUUUAGUCGAACUUUUUCUUGUCAACGAAUUCAAAGUUUUGUGCAAAACAGUAUCAUCAAUUUCAGUUCAGAAAUGCAAAUGCGGUGAAACCCACAGAAGUGAACAUUCAAAGACACGGUGAGAAGCGAGAAGAAAAAAACUGCACUCGAAACAACAACAACAAUUUAAGAAAAAAAAAAAUAGGUGAAUUUACGAGUCGAGCAAAUCGUCUUAAUUAAAUUGUAAACACCGCGGAAGAUGCCAGAAAAAAAGACCGAUAAGAUUUCCUAAAAUCAAUUCAGUUAAUUUAAUUUAAAAAAACAAAACAAUAAAAAUAAAACAAACUAAAACUGCGCUUGUUACGUUAAAAGUUAAAACCAACAAAGAAUUAGUGUCUGCUCGAUUAUCAAAUAGACUUUUCGACAGAUAAACGAUACUUAAAAUAGCGUAGAGAAAACAAAACGACAAAAAAUAGCACCAUACAAACUAACGGGCGUCUCAUUGUCAAACUUUAUAAACGGUUACAUACAGUGUGUUUCUAAAGUAAUCUAUUGACUCAAAUCCUAAUUUCUGUGGCCUCUUGUGUGAACAAACAGUGAAAUAACACGAGAGAAACAAAAAAGAAACAAAACAACAACAGCAAACUACUGCUACACAAAAAUAAACGGACAAAAAAAAGCUGAAAUAAAAUAAAACGAUAUUCCAUUCGAAAUACCGAAAAUUUAAUAUAAAAAAAAGGAAAGCACUCGCGGAGAAAAAAAAAGAAAGUAUUUUUUUUUAAAUUUCAUUCGCAGUUUUCCUCACACAGAAACACAACAACGAGAGAGAUACUCGGUGACUAUACGUUCAUACUGAACUAUUGCGCGAAAACAAAACAACAAUGCAACAAUAGUAAAUAGCAGUAAAGUGUAAACGGUAUAAAAAAAAAAUACAGAGGCGAAAACACUUUCAUUGAAAUCGGCGCAUAUUUUCUGAAGGAAGAAAAUAUAUACACGAAUUAACAAACAAAAUAAAACGACAGAAAGAAAUUUCGACCCCGAAAAAAAGAUUAGAAAAAAAACCACACAACAACUCAACGAAGUAAAAAAAAAAAAAGACAAACCUAACUAAAUAAAAAACAGCAACCGUGUGAUAGUUUUGUGAAAGUACAUAGAAAGACAAUAACAUCGAAUGAAUAGAGAACAGUGAUUCGUUCGGCGGAUAAAAUAACUGAACUCUAAAUAUUUAUACGGGGCGAAAGAAAAAUUGGAUUCGGAUAUAUCGUUUAGAAUAGGCGAGAAAAAAAAAAUUGCAUACCAAAGGCAAAUACAGGCUUAACUAAGCGACAAGUCCAACACGAAUCACAUCGCAUCGCAUUGACUAAAUUAAGGCAUUUUCAAACAAAAGGAACAAUCCAUACAUGCAACUCAGUUGAUUGAUCACUUCUGUGUGAAUAAGUCAAGUACAACUCACACUUGCAUAUAUCGAUAUAUCGGUGAAUAGAUCGAUCGAGAGAGCUGAUAGAACAAAUCCGUUCAGAUAGAUUCUCGUUGCAAAACAAGAGACUCAAUUUAAAAAAAAAACACCAACAACCAACAAGACAGCAAAUAUGUCGUCAACACAACAACAAAAGUCAGUUGAUCUAAUCGAAUUCAGUAAUAAUUCGGACAAUAUGGACGUGCUGGAGAAGCCAAACACUGGUGUCGUUCAAAAAAUGGUCAUGAGCGGUACAGCAUCUGCAUCACUAAUUGCAACAGCUGUCGCCAAACUAACAACGAGCAGCGUCACAACAACGACUCCGUCCACCGUUUCGGUAAUAAAUAAAAGUGAAAGUGAUUCAACUACUGACUCACCACCAUCAUCCAACCAAAAAUUGGACAAUGUUGGUGCUGAUACAGUAAUGAAUUCGACGACAACAAUAACAACAACCACGAUAGCAGCACCUCAAACGAUUCCACCAAUUCGGACACAGGAUCGUUUAUCUGCUGAGGCGAAAGAGUCGGAGACAUCUGAUUUUUCAUCGGGCUCGGAUAGUGACAGCGACAAAGUCAAUGAGUGUGAAAAUACCAUAGCAUACAUUCGAAAUGUGUCGAAGGCGUAUCUAGAGGAGAUGCAUGAGGUGCCAUUGUCAAAUACACCAAUCGAUGUUGAAACCGAGCAAGAGGAAAUCGAAGAGGUUGAUCAUUUAUCGCCAUUGAUUAUGGACAAUCACACCGUGUUGGAGCAUCGUGAAUUGUUCAAGGAAAGUUUGAACAAUCUGAAGGAAUUCCAUCCGGGUGCUUCACAUUUUCGCACUUCGGCCCUAAAUGAAUCAAAGGAUUCGUCCAUUGACAGUGAUAGUCGUUUAUCAUUUGAACGGCGCCGUGAUUCCAGCGGUUCGGCACACCAUGACUAUAGCUCGGAUGCGGUGUCGUCCGAUGAGAAUGCCAAAGAUUCGUGUGAUGUACAACAAUCGAUGGAAAAUUCACAUAGCAAAGAGCAUCAAAUCAAGAGCGAUGACGAAGACGACGAACCCAUUGAAAUUCCAACGGAUGAUAUGGCCGAAAAAAUUGUCACACAAGUGGAAUUCUAUUUCUCCAACGAAAACAUUUUGAAAGAUGCAUUCUUAUUGAAGCACGUUCGUCGCAACAAAGAAGGUUUUGUUAGUUUAAAAUUGAUUUCAAGCUUCAAACGAGUGCGCCAAUUGACAAAAGACUGGCGUGUCGUUGGCUAUGCCAUUAAAUUGAAAAGUAAAAACAUUGAAGUCAAUGAUUUGGGCACGAAAAUUCGACGUAUCGAAUCAUUGCCCGUAUUUGAUGAGACGAUGCCGUCGCGUACAGUUGUCGCCAUCGAUUUGCCAAUGGACAAGGUUACCAUUGAAAAGGUGUCGGAAAUCUUUUCGAAAUUCGGUGAAAUCGCAUUGAUUCGUAUCUUACAUGCGGGCGGACAAAUUCCACCCGACGUAAGACAAUUCAUGAACAAAUACCCCGAAUUACAUCAGAAAGAAUGUGCUUUCGUUGAGUUCACCGAAUCAAAAUCGGCACGCAACGCAAUGUCCGUGGAAACGAACGGUGGUAUGCAUCUCUAUGAAAUGGUUGCACCGAAAAAGAAAACUGGUAAAAAGGCUAGUGUAUCGAAAUUGAUAGAAAGCUAUAUUUAUGCGAAUACCACGCACUCGGAUAGCGAACGGAAUCGCACACCGGUGAAUAAUGCCGAUUUCAAGUUGCGUCGCAAUAGCUCCAAUUUUUAUGUGAAACCGGAGCAUGUGUGCAACAAUUUAUCACCACAAAAUUCACAAUCGGUGUCACCAACGUCAAUGCAUCAUCGGGAAUCAGUGCAAAGUCCACGGAAGUAUUCAUUCAACAAUGAGAAUUGCGAACACUUUGGCCGACGCUUGAGCAACACAAUGAUGGGCUCAAAUGAUCUGUCACGCAAAUAUUCAAAUUGCUCGGAAGGCUAUUCCAGUUGCUCCGAAAUAUCACGACGAACAUCAAACUGUUCGGAUAAUUCACGUCGUACAUCAAACUGUUCGGAUGCACCAAUGUUCAAUCGACGCAUGUCUGGCUGCUCCGAUUUUUGCGUAUGCUCACGCCGUUCGUCACAAUGUUCGGACCAAUACCGCCGAAUUUCACAAUGUUCCGAUCACAGUCGCCGUUUCUCAAAUGCUUCCAUGAACUUUGACCGUCGCAUGUCCAAUGGAUCCGAAGGUGGCCGACGAAUUUCAUUCGACGGUGAUUACGAUCGUAAAAUGUCCAUUGGCAGCAAUGGAUGUGAUCACUAUCGAAAAAUUUCCGGCACAUAUGAUUCAAUGUCACGCAAAUAUUCAAAUGGUGAUCUACGAAAAACGUCCGUUGACUCCGGCUAUGAGCGUAAAUUCUCAAACGGUUCCGAUUACGGUUCAUCUCCACGAUCGAGGAGCAACAGUUUUUUAAUCAACAAAAGUGAAAAUCUUGUUAGAACUCCCAUCGGUCCAGACGGCAGCAAAGGAUUCUCAACGACGCGAGCACGUAAAGUCGGCCAAGUCGUUGUUCCCGUGUAAAUAACCUUACGUACUCGCACUUCACACACUCUUCUCUCGCCCUCUAUGUGUGUGCGCAAUAUCUUUUUCGUUCUUUUCUUUAUGAAUUUUUCGUCAUUUUUUUUCUUUUGGCUUAAUUUAAUUUUAUACUUUAAUUUAUUCUACUAUACCUAACCAACAAGGUUGAGAAAAAAAAAAUCGAUCAAAGAUCGAUUGAAAAGGCGAAGCAAGAUGAUAUACAAAUAUGCAGAAAAUUCAAGUGGAUUUUUUUUUUUUUUAAAUCUAAAAAUCGAUUUGGAUAAGAUGUUGGAAGAAACAAGUAACCAACCAACACAUGCAACUCUUGGAUACUUACAAAUUAGGUUUAUCGCUCUCAGUUUUUAAUUCCGACAAAUUUUUAACGAUUAGAAUUACGAUAGUUUAUUGUACGAUGUGUAUUCUUCAGAAGAAUAGAAGAAUCUCUUCUGUUAACAAAAAGGAACUCAACUAAGCUCGCCACCGACACAGGACAGGUUUGUGGCAUUUUGAACAGGCAGGAAUUGAAGAAAAAAUAACAAGCAAAACCGUUUAUUUAGUUUUAUUAUAAUAUACACGAUAGAUAAGUAGAUUUGAAGAAGAAGAUGAAGAAAGAAAUGAAAUCGAAGAAUAUUGAAACAUCGAAUACGCUGUGAAAACCUAAACAAAAGAAAAA